CUCUCUCACACACACACACACACAUACAUGCACAUUACUCUUGUCUGAACAGAUCAGAUAUUUAUAUACACAUUCAUAGCCUUAUCGAAAGAUCAUGCAUACAGGCACAAUGCAGAUGCAUGUAUGCAGAUAAAAAGACAAAGACGGAGACAGAAGGCAACAACCAUGGAUCUACAUUUGUAGAAAGAUAAAUUCACACAAUUCACACAUUUUUUAUGUGUAUAGAAUGACAAGUCACAAUGAGAAAUGUCUGCCAAAAAGAAUAAUAUUAGUACGGCACGGGGAAAGCCAAGGAAAUCGAGACGGGACAGCUUACACAGUCACACCAGACUACAAAAUUCCUUUAACAGCAUUAGGCCUUCAACAGUCAAAAAUCGCUGGAGAGAAGAUUAGGCGAGUUAUUUCUAAUGAUGAUCGACAAGUUAACUGGAAAGUGUACUUUUAUGUGUCGCCUUAUGAACGAACACGAGCUACAUUGAGAGAGAUUGGAAGGUCUUUUUCUCGAAAAAGUGUGAUUGGAGGCAGAGAAGAAGUUAGGAUCAGAGAACAGGAUUUUGGGAAUUUUCAGGAGUCGGAGAGGAUGAAAGCCAUUAAACAGACUAGGGAGAAGUAUGGGAGGUUUUUUUAUAGGUUCCCUGAAGGUGAAUCUGCUGCUGAUGUUUUUGAUCGCGUUUCAGGUUUCCUUGAAUCUCUAUGGAGGGAUAUAGACAUGAACCGGCUUCACCAUAACCCUGCUGAUGACUUGAACCUUAUAAUUGUAUCGCAUGGGCUAGCUUCACGAGUUUUUCUUAUGAGGUGGUUUAAGUGGACAGUUCAGCAAUUCGAGUACCUGAUCAAUCCAGGAAAUGCUGAAUUUAGGGUGAUGCAGUUAGGGCGUGGCGGGGAUUACAGUCUUGCUAUUUAUCACAGUGAAGAAGAAAUGGCUGAAUGGGGAAUGUCCCCUGAGAUGAUAGCUAAUCAACAGUUCCGGGCUCGUGCUUGUCGGGAUACUUUGAACUAUAAAAGUUCCUGGUACUUAAAUUCUUUUUUUGAGGAAAGUUCAUGGAGAGCAAGGGUGAACAUUCAACAAGUGAUAAAUGGACCAGACAAGAUAGUAGAAAAGAGACCAGAUGAUGCUGAUUCAGUAAACGGGGCAAACGAGGAAGACCUAGAAAAGAGACCAGAUGAGGAAGUGGCAAACAGAAACGAGGAUAACAUAGAAAACAAACCAGGUGAGGAAGUUCUAGAAAAUGGACCAGAUGAGGAACCUGAAAACAGACCAGACGAGAAAGAUCUAGAAAACAAAGAAGAUGAGGAAGAUCUGCAAAACAGGCCAGACGAAGAAGUUAAAAACAGACCUGAUGAGAACGAUGAAGGAAACAGAGCAGAUGAGGAAGACUUGGAAAACAAACCAGGUGAGGAGGGCCUGGAAACCGAACGAGGCGAGGAACCAGAAACAGUAGAUCUAGAAAACAAUGAAGAUAAACAAGUCUUAGAAAAAGAACCAGAUGAGAAAGUUGCGGAACUUGUAAACAGACCAGACGAGGAAUUUGAAAAUGGACCAGAAGAGAACUUUGAGGAACUAGAAAACAGAACCGAUCGUGAAUUACAGAACAACAUAGAAGCAUAGUUAUCAUUCUUUCAGUAGGUUUAUCAGACUGCAGAGCUCUGCAAGCUGACUGUCCAAAAGUUAGAAGUUGUUGGCUUUAGGUAACAUAUUCUUUUACUGGAUGUACAUUACUUAGGUGUUAAUUGCUCACAGU